AUGGCUGGUGCAUCAACAGUCGAAAUAUCUCAGGAUAAUGUGGGAGUAUUCCACGUCCUCCUUGUCCCUGAUGAAACAAUCAAGACUGCCAACGAGCUGCUUCAAGCAAACCAUGAACAACACCAUGUGUUUUUUAACGACCGAGGAUUCCACAACCACAUCACUCAUUACAUCCUGACACAAGCUGCAUUGGGAGCUACUCCUACACAGAUGCGUCGAGCUUACACACAAGAGAGGUCGCUUCAGCGUCCACAGCAUCCUCUUGAUGAGGAAAUAGUCAGCAGACUUGAGAAUGAAAACUACUUCCUCGCCUGCUUGUCUCGCCCUGACAAUUAUCACAACUUCUUGCGAUUCUUUGAGUGCCAAAUUGCUCAGCGUGGGAUUGGUGCUGUUGUUCAUGAAUAUCUCUUCUCACGCUCGCGGAUCGCUGAAGAGCUGCUCUCUCGACUGUUUGCAAGUUUCUUACAUCCCGUAAUUCACUUCGGCUUCGGGCUCGAGUUUAAUCAGCCAGCCAUCAUUGCAGAAGGCCUUGCCCAGAGUGCUGUCCGCCAACCUGAAGUUGGAAAGUUUUUCAAAGGCAUCCAGACCGCAGAGGAGUCUUUGAAGAACAACCCAAGCCGACCCAUGAUCGAUCUCAUCCGAGAGAUAGAACAGAACGAUGCAAUCCGCUCGGCUGCCUGUUGGGGAGAUGGGAGCUGGAUCGACGACAACCCACUUGCCAAUGCUCCAGAGGAGUUGUGGAAGAUUGCCGCGCAAUGGCGAGUCUCUCCACAAGAACUGAAACUGAAGACGGCUGAGAUGAUCAACGUCUGUACCUUUUACACGGCCGCUGCUCAACGGCCAGAGAAGCAGCACAAGCUUGACUUCUUCCUCAUCCACAACGUCAACUGCUCGAUCUUCUUUUCCUCCCUUGUUGAGAAGGACUGGAUCUCUCUUGAAGACAAAGCUCGACUGUUGGAAUGGAAGGGCCGAUUUGACAUUGUCGCCUACGCCGCCAGAGGCAGUCCCCAGCUACGCAUCAACGAGGUUGUCAACUAUCGACCCAAGAAGCCAGAGAUGGGCUGGGAGCAACUAUUUAAACGUGUCAAUGCUUUCCUCGAUGACUCUCAUGUAACCAAGCUUGUCCGGGCCCUGGCCAACGGCGAAAGGGCGUCCCUGGAAUAUGAAGAGAGAGUGGACUUUCCAAUGAAACAGAGCAUGUUUCUGAAGACAGCACACAUUGCUCUAGAUUCAACAGAAGAGGCAUUGUAUCCGGACAGAUGGGUCAAGGGCGCUGGGUUUGAGCAGCAAUGGGCUAAGUUUAGGGACAGAGCAUAG